CACCACUCCUUCAGAAAAGAAAUGUUUCCUAUUAUUCAACCUGACAGCUCUUCCAUGAGACCUCCAGUACCUGUGUGUUUCAUGGGAGGUUUCAAAAACAUGUAGUGAUAGUCCAGAAUAUAAAGAUAACUUCAUUACAAAUGGUAUCUUUAAAAAUACAAACCAUUAGAACAUAGACCAGCUUUCCACCCACCCCAGAAUUUCAGUGCUGGUUUUCCUUCCAGGCUAUGAGGGGGGAGCUGGGAUGCUGUGUAUGCCAUGCAGUGGUGGUCAGAGCAGGGUCUGGGGCUGGAUGCACCUUUGAUACUUAGGUUUGGAAACAAGGCUUGGGCAGCCUGGUCUAGUAUUAAAUGUGGAGUUUGGUGGCCCUGCCUGCAGUGGGGGGGUUGGAGCUUCAUGAUCCUUGAAGUCCCUUCCAACCCAAGCCCUUCUGUGAUUGUUGUGCUCUUGGUGUUGUUUUAUUCCAUAGCUUUCAGCUCAUAGGUUUCACCUUCUGCAUGCAUCUGGAAGUCUUUUUUCUUUCAGUUUCAUUUAGCAAAACCUGCAGUUUAAUUGUAUUGCUAUAUAUAUAAAAAAUAACUUGCAUUUAAUAUCCCAGAGGUAGAAUGGAAGAAUUUCUGCCCAGAAGCAAGUUUUUAGUCAUACAUUUGUUUGCCCUGCUUUGAAAUAACCAAAAAGACAUUAAAUUCCAAUUAGGUUCCCAUCGUGUUUUGCUCCGCAGCAUCAGCUCUGGAACGCAGCACUCCUACACGGCCACUUCCUGGAUGCUUACAUGAAACACUUGGAGGACUCCUUCCUGGUUUAAAAAAACCACACUAAUAGCCCAAAUUCAGACAGAGUGCUCUGGUGGCAUUGCCUGGCUGCUUUAUUACCUGUGCAGUAGUUGAGGUAUGGUGAGCCCUUUGCGAUUGGAAGCAUCCCAGAACCUCAUUAGGAAGUGAUGCUCAUGCAGCUUAUUGCAAGGGGAGGAGGGGUGUUGUUGGGAGAGCACAGAUCUCUGAUGGGAAUCAGUGAAGUGAGUGCAAACCGUGGUAGACAGCGAGCAGAUGAGGUGUGCUCCCAUUAUUGCGUUUUGCUCGGAGGCUCCAACUUGAGCUCUCUGAAACUGCUGCUCAGCUUAACGUGCCAUUAUUUUUGCUCAUAUACAUAUAAAACAGGAAGCACAUUCAGAUAACAUCAACAGCCACUUCCUUAUAUGUACAAAAAUAAAGUGCUCUGACAGCAGCAAAACUGACACUUUGAUUUUAAAAAGGGUAGAAACCUCGCAUUUGUAGACCCACAUGGGCAUUGCGCUGAGCCAAUCAGGAGCACAGAGGAAAAAAUUUAAAACAACCCUCCUGCAUUAUUGUCUGUACAUCUGUGCAUAAGCAGAAGGCUGGAGGAAGCCACGAGAUUGCAGAUUUUAAGCAGAAGAAAUAAUGUUCAUGGAGCAGCUCCGUGCAAUUCCACUGGAAGUGUCAUCAAGACUGUCACAGACAUCCUCCCCUCAGACAAGCUCCCAGUCACCUUCCAUCCAGACAGGCAAAGUCAUCUCCUCAUCCCAGAAGCACAGCAAGAAGGCACUUAAACAGGCCUUGAAACAGCAGCAGCAGAAGCAGCAGCAGCAGCAAUGCAGAGCAGGCAUGCCGGUGUCCUCUAAUCAGCACGUCCUGCUGAAGGCUGUCAAGGCAGCCAGUGCCUCCACACCUACAAAACCUGCUUGGGUAGGAAAGCAGUCCGAUGGACACUCAAACAGCUCUCAGAACUCCACCUCCAGUUCCUCUGCCUCUGUUAAGCUUGACAACUCCUUGCCAGGGCUGGGGAAGAAACCAUUCCAGAGAUCUGACAGGCUCCACGCAAGGCAGCUGAAGAGAACAAAGUGCGCUGAAAUUGACGUGGAAACUCCCGACUCCAUCCUGGUGAACACCAACCUGAGGGCACUGAUCAACAAGCACACGUUCUCUGUUCUGCCCACAGAGUGCCAGCAGCGCCUGCUGCUGCUGCUGCCAGAGGUGGACAGGCAGGUUGGGGCAGAUGGUUUGAUGAAGCUGAGUGGUUCAGCGUUGAACAAUGAGUUCUUCACUUCAGCUGCUCAGGGCUGGAAGGAGAGGUUGUCAGAAGGUGAGUUCACACCAGAAAUGCAGCUAAGAAUACGUCAAGAAAUAGAAAAGGAAAAGAAGGUUGAGCUGUGGAAGGAACAUUUUUUUGAAAGCUACUACGGCCAAAGUUCUGGAUUAAGUCCUGAAGAGUCUGAGAGACUGACAGCCAACACCAGCGCUGAUGACGUAGAGGCUGAAAAGCCAGCAGCAGAACAGCCAAAAUGUAUGCCAGUCAAAGAGGAGAUCACUUCUCCAUUGGAGUCUAAAGCACAAGUGGUCCAGGAAGCACCCACAGUGAAAAAAGGAGGAGAGGAGAGAAGAGGAGAGGAAAGGAGAGAAGAGAUGCAGCCCAAAGCAGCCAAACCUGUCGAGGCCUCAGUUUCCCCAGCUGGGUGUGCAGCGAAGCCCAGUGACCCCCAAAUCCAAGAGAGAAUCCAAGGAGAACCCAUCCAAGAGAAACCACAGCCUGCUGUGAGCCAGAAGCUGGAAGAAGAGAGGAAGCACGCUGCAUCAAAGGAAGUGAAGGAGGCUGUGCAUGCUCCAAUCUUGGCCCCAAGCAAACCAAAGAGCCCUGAAGCAGGUGAAGCAACAGCAAAGGUGACGAGUCCAGUAGUCGCCCCACUGACGCCAGAAAAGAAACCCCCUGUAAAUGAAGAAAUGGAGGUCAGUGUUGAAGGCCAUAAGAGGAAGUCGGAGAGCAGUGAAGAAGCUCUGACCACGCCUGAGAAGAAGCCGCGCAUUGCGGAGAAGUGCCAGCAGCAGCAGCCGGCGUUUCGCAGCCAAACGCAGUCCUUUCCUGCUGCCGGGCCCCCAGUGCCACGCGUGCCCCCCCUCAAGAUUCCUGUUUCCCGAAUCUCCCCCAUGCCAUUUCCUGCGGGCCAGGUCUCUCCCAGGGUACGUUUCCCAGCCUCACUCAUCAGUCCGGCCAGAACAGGGGCCAGAACCUUGGCGGACAUCAAGGCCAAAGCCCAGCAGGUCAGGGCCCAGAGGGCAGCGGCCGCCGCAGCCGCCGCCGCCGCUUCUUCGGGGGGAGCAGUGCCAGGGCCGGGCCCCGGUGGGGGCCCAGCAGGCGGCGGAGGGACGGGUAACACAGCGACGAGUGGAGCCGGAGAAACUGGAACGCGAGGAAAUGCACUGGAACUGGCAGGAACUGGAAGCGGGGGAGGUUCGAGAAGGUUUCUUCCACGCUGCCCAGGGACCCAUUCCCCAAUGGAGACUCAGGAGCAGCCAGGAACCCCCAGUCUUUCUAGAGCACAACUACAGCAAACUUCCACGUUGCAAUCCAGAAGUGCAGCUGGCAAUCCAGGCACCAACUGCUCCUCCCCAGCGGUAUCAGCGAUUGAGCAAAUCAGCAGAAUCAAACAGAGCCCCCCAAACAUGGCUAUAAAUCAGGUUUCGGGCUCCUCGUGUGCUGGUGGCUGUGACAAACAAGAGAAAGCACCUUCUGCUCCAGCAGGUCCCGGCCAGGCCUGCGGGGCAUCAACUGUCAGGGAUGGAACAACUUGUGUCACUGUGUCCUCAGCAGAUAGCAAUGCCACCAAGGUAGCUCCUGCGGCCUUAGGAGGGACCGGCUCAGAGGUCCCCCAAGGCACAUCUCCUUCCCAUCUGAUGCCUUCGCUGACCCCCACUAGCUCAGAAGCCCAGGCUGGAGGUGCGGUGGUGUCAGCUCCAUCUGCCCCGUGCUCCAUCACCUUGUCAGCAGCACCUAGCCUUAAAAGCCAUCCGAGUUCAGGCGGGGCCCUCCCAAAAGCAAACUCCAGUAUUCCUGCCAACAACCCUUUGGUCACCCAACUUCUUCAAGGCAAGAGCGUCCCUCUGGAGCAAAUCCUGCCGAAGCCUCUCACCAAAGCAGAAAUGAAAACUGUCCCAUUAGCUUCUAAUGAAGAGAAAGGGGCAGCAGCACCCGUUGUAGCAGGGAGUGGUGCUGGAGCCGAGGGUGAAAGGCAGUCGGGGUUAUCCCCACAGCAGCUCGGGAAGAUCUUUUGCCAGAGCAGGCCUCUGCCUCACAUUCCAAGGACAUUUGUGCUCCCUGCAGGAAAGGAGCCCAGUGCUGACCAGCACCCAGAGGCGCUCAGUAAAACAACGCAGGAGCAGAUCCUUCAGACACUCAUCAAGAGGGUCCACAGGCAGAAUUUGCUCCCGGUCCUUCAGCCUUCCCAAGUGAACCUCGCGCACUCAGGUUUCCAGCUAGAAAACAGCUCCACCAGCCAGAGAUUUGUGCUGGGUUUCAUGGGCAGAAGGACAUCCAAACCCGCUAUGUCUGGUCAUUAUCUGCUCAACAUUUCCACCUACGGCCGCGGUUCGGAGAGUUUGAGGAGAGGCUUCUCCUUGAACCCUGAAACCCGCUCAUGUCUGAACAGCCCAGCCGGUGGUCCAAAAGCAGAAUUUGGGGAAUGUGAAGAGAUGGCUGGCCAUGGCAGCAGCAGUGAGGAAGGAGAUGCGGACGAUGAGAGCACUGGUGAUGAACACGAGCAUGUCAGCGUAAAAGAGGAGCCCCAGGCUUCCCAGGUGGCUGCUCCAUGUGAAAAAGAACAGGUAUCACAAGGUGCAAAUUCCUCAGAUUACAGCAUCCUUGCUAAAAAGGGCAUGAAGACGGAAGCAGCCGUGUCUCAGCAGGCAGCCGGCAGCAGGGAGAACAUUCAGGAGUUGGAUGGAACGGCGUUAGCACGAGAUUUUAUUCAGGCCGCUCAAGAGCAAAUGGUGCAAACGGUGAAGGGAAAAACGCACAGCAGCCCUGAGCUCUUCAGCUCUUCUGCGCCGUCCUCAGACUCUGCGCAGCCACAGCUUCCCCAGCUUUCUCAUCCCCACCCUCCGAAGCUGGGAGGAGAUGCUGCGGCAGCGCAGCUCAUCGGGCCCAGCUACAGCGGCACAAUAAAUGUCUCCACCUCCCCAGACGUGAACCAGGGCUCUCUCAUGAGCGGGCUCUCUGAGUGCAAUCAGUUGUCCAGUAGCAUGGGGAACGUCAUGUCCUUCUCUGUGACUGUAACCACCAUUCCCACCAGCCAAGCCAUGAACUCUGGCAACCACAGCCAGACCAUCCCGGUUCAGGCCUUUGCUGAAGACAGCAGCAUGGAGGACUCCCCUUCCAAGUGUUACUGCAGGUUGAAAGCCAUGAUCAUGUGCAAGGGCUGCGGUGCCUUCUGCCAUGAUGACUGCAUUGGCCCCUCUAAGCUCUGUGUCUCCUGCCUGGUUGUGCGGUAACCGGGACGUGACGUGGGAAGAGGAAGGCUCCAUGUUGGGUUUGCUUUUGGAAGUACAUUGGGAAGAAACAGGAAAUUUACUGCCUUGCACAAGAGACACGUUACUGAAUCAGGAAUACAGAGUAGAGUUCUUCUUUCAUUAAAGAAAGAGCACCUUCUUGUACAGUGAGUCUAAAUUGAGCUCAACUACGUGAAUUGUGACAAGAGUUUGCACUUAAGGAAUUAUGUAAAUAUGUCACAUUAUUUUGUUUAAAAAUAUUUUUUCAAUCUUUUAGGAGAUAGUGUUUGACUUGUACUGCAGUUCCAUUAACCCUAGCCUGCUAUCCAGCAUGUUUGCUGAGCUCUGCUCUAGAUGGGGUAACAAUCCCUCAGCAAAACCUCAGCUGUUGGUCUUCUCUUGGCAAGGAGAGGAGCCAGGCAAUCAAGGCACGAAAUGUCUGUGCUGACAGAGCCCCACAGCCCCUCAGUGGGGUGCUGUGUUGCUCUGAACUUCAGAUUGAUCAGAAUUGGAAGCCGCUGAUGUUACACCAGCCUUCAAGAAUGGCCCAUCACCCACGGCAUGGCCGUUCCCAGAAGGCAUGCUGGGUUGUGCAAUAUUGGCUGGUGGUUUUGAUUGCAUAUCCUCUCCUCUGCAAGGAGUCAGUUGCAGUAACCUCAUUUUAAGGGCGGUAGUGUCUUGGUUUGCUGCUGAAAAAGGCAACUAUACUAACCAUAGGAUACCAGAAUUUAAAUCACUAAACCAACUCAGUAACUGUGAUGAUUGGUAAUCCCAGGAACCAUUUAAAGCAGAGAUCGCAAAGAUGUGCUGAACUGCAUUUCAUUUCCAGACUGUCAGGACUCGGCAGAAACCUGCUUUAUUAGGCAUUAUUUCAAGUGAGCUGGAAGGUGCCAUCCCCACCAUUGAGAACCAUCACAGCACAUUAUGCAAGUGAAGUGCACUAAAUGUCACCCUCUGUCCUACUGUUUUCUAGGAAGCUUACUGUGGCUCAUUAAAAACUCCACGUAGUCAGACUUCUCUCAUUUCUCUAAAUUUUAUAUUAAGCUAAGUGUGGAAAACAAGCCUCUCGUUGGGCCUCACUGGUGUCUGGGCAUCUCCAUGUCUUUUGAAAACCAAAUUGCCCCAACUGCUGGUUGCGCUCCGUUGUGGCCCAGUGCCGGUGUUCGCAAUCCAUUCUUUCCAAUUAAUCCAAAUUAACAGUUACAAAAUGGUACUAUAUGGUACUCAACAACAAUAAUUUUCGACAGGCUGGCUGACAGAGCAUACUCCAGUCUGCAUUCUGAUGUAGUGCAACGAGCGUGCAUUGCAUGGAGGAGCUGUAGGUUACUUCUCUUCCCAGAAAACGUCAGGUUCACAUCCAGUUCCAUGUUGUCACUGUUGGGGGAGGGAGGGGGGCCAUUCAAGAUCUUGGUCAGGUAACAAAUCUGUGUAUGUUUUUGAUGGAAAAGCACUGAAUUCACUUUGAAUCCAAAGGCCUUUUUAAGAUGAAGCAAUAUUAACGAAAGAGGUGACGGCUGUUUUAUGAGCUGGGGUCCUAAAGCCUUUUUCCUUCUUUCCAUUUGACUGCACUGCUGCUUUCCCCGUUUCCCACACGUGGGAGCACUGAGUGUUUCUGCAGGGAGCGUAACGAUAAAGAGAGUUGCAGGCUUAAUCACUCGGCAGAGAAUAUUUCCUUCCCUGUCCAACAGAGCGUGGUAUCCUCCAACGCAGGAUCAGCACAUCCUGGGAUUUGAUUUGCUCACCAUGCAUUGACUGGGGACCCAGUCUAACUCUGCAUCACUCCUUAGGCAUCCAGCGGUGGAAAGGAUUUAACUAUAGAAGUACAGUUGGGGAUUUUUUUGAAACCACUUAAAUCUUAAAAAAAAUUACCCCUGGUUUUUCUGUUGUGCUGCACAAGCGUUGGCCACAUCUGUAGCCCCAUGGCUUUGGGUGCCCACCAGAGGGAUGGCUGCUUCUCUGGGCUGGCUGCUAUGGAAGAACUGACUUGGCCACAUCGCUGCCUGCAUCCCUCCUUCCUUUCCAAUGGGCAUCUCUCCAUUGUUGGAAUUUGUAGGGCGCUGAGGAGGUCCAUGUGGUACCCCGGGCAGAGUAGGAUCUUCCCUUGCCUUGUUAACUCGAGCCUUGAAGGGAAGCAUUGCAGCCAUGUGAUCCUCCAUGAGUCACAUUAAUUCUCUUCUAAUGCAGAUCCCCCAGUGUAACCCAGCCUGAAGGCUGUAGCUAGUUACAAAAGAAACUGAAAAAGUCAGUUCUGCCUCAAAUAAAAGCCAGGAGUUUUUGCUUGGAUCGAUUCUGUUCACGCCUCAGCGUUCAUCAGUAACUCUUCGUGGCCAACAAAGUGCUGCAAACAGGGAAAGGGAGGUGCUGAGGGAGCAGCACGCAUUACUGCUUUGUGUUUGAGCAUCCACAUGUCCUCAGCAUUUCCUAAAGCCACCCCCGACUCCCCCUGCAGCUCCAGCUCCUCACUGCCUUUAUGUUUGGCAGGCGUUCCUCUGCAGCACACAGUUUGGUUUCUGCAACACGUACAGCAAUAGGAAGUGGAGCUGGGCCAGGUUUGGACACAGGGUGACCACUGGGAUAAGCAGGGCUGCCAGGCUGCUAGGCUGGAUGGGAAACGUGGGCAUCUCAUGCCAUGACUUGGAAGUUUACAAGUGUUCAGUGCCUUAGUUCUAUUUUAACAGAUGAGCAUUUUUCCUGGGCUACUUCUACUCUAUUCCUUUUUCAGACAGUAAAUUCUUUUAACUGUCUUUGGUUUUACCAUAGGCUAUGAGGUACUAGGUGGAACUCGAUGGAGUAACAUCCACAGGUUUGCAAGAGGGCAUGAAGUAGUCAGGAAAUCAUUAGGAACAACAGAGCUCAGUAUAAUAACCAACAGAAGUACAGGUCUGCCUGAAGCCUUGAAAGCUUUGCAUGUUUCACAGUGCUGGUUGUUGAAUAAUGUGUUACAGAAAGGGAACAUCCUGCAGCCCAUGUAGCAGUGCUCCCUGCUGGCCUUACCUGUGUUAAACAUAGUUUAAAACAACAGACUUUGGAGCCCAGGUAUUAAAUAAUGGCAUUCUAUAGGAAAUGUCAUCGUUUUGCUGGGCAUGGUAGUGAUGAGUUAAUGCUUGGAUUUGAUAUCAUAGAGGUCUUUUCCAACCUUAAUGAUUUUAUGAUUCUAUAACAAAUAAGAUCUGAUACUAAACAUUUUACAAAGUCUAACAUCAGACUCUUUGUGGCAGUAGAAGCAGCUUGAGUAGGAAGAGGUGCUCAGGUUUAUACUUUCCCUCCUGAGCUGCAAUCCAAGUCCUGCAGCGUGAGAACUAGAAAUAGAAACUGAGCAAUGGAAUUUAACUUUCCAGUGCAAAAAAAACCCCACCUUGUUCAAGCUGUUUUAAUGGAGGAGUGAAUGCAACUCCACAGAUGAGCUGAGGCUGUGGGAUACAGUUUGGUAGCGUGGGGAAGGAAAUCUGUUUGGAAUUCUGAUGCCCUUCUUAAAUCAAAAGGAAAGACCAACGUGCUGAGCAGCUGCACGGUCAGUGGAGUUGUGUAGUGCAUGGUGUUGGGUCACAGCUGGGAGGUGAGCUCUCAGGUUGGGACUGAAAGGGGACCUUCGUCCUGGGGCUGCGUCCUGCCCAACAGGAGCUGCCUUGGUCAGGCUGAGCUGUGGCUCUUCUGUGCCAACCACGCUCAGUCCAGCAGUGGUUUUGAACUGCGUGGGGGCUGGCAUGGAGCCCUCCCACCUCGUGGUGAAGGUAAUUUGGGGUUUUGUUCAGGGAAGUGCCCAGAAGACCAGUGGUCGCUCUGUGUUGGAUGCUGAAACCCUGGGAAGGCUCCUGUCUUCUCUUGGGAUUAGCUCAGGCUCAGCUGUCCAAAGCCCCCAUCAUGCAGUCAUGGCUGAGUCAGCCCAGGAGCGUGCUGGGCUCUGCCCAGGGCUUUCAGCUUCCCAAAUCCCAUUGUAGGUGUGCAGGAGGCUGCAGGGAAUCCCUCCAUGGGGUUGGCAGUUCCAUUGGUGUGGCAACGGAGUCCAACCAGGCGAGCAUCUCAGGCGCUUGCUGCGAUCACAACAUCCGCAGUUCUGUUCCUUAACAGGGGUUGUUUUUUUUUUAAUGCUAUACAUUUGAUAUAACUGAAGAUCAAUUUUAAGAGCUUACAGUAAUAUAUUUUAAGUAAUAUAUAUUUUAGUAUCUGUAAAAAAAAAAAAAAAAAAAAA